CAUUGUGGUCUUCGUCUACCGAUUAUCGAGCAGCCUUCUUUAGUAUUAAAUCAAUUAAACCAUUAAAUAAUAAAAUUUAUAAUAUUCUUUUCUCUUAAAUCCGCGUUGUUUUGUCGGUGUUCUCAAUUAUAUUUUUAUAAUAUUAUUUACUUUUCUCUAACUUAAUUACCUAAUAAAUAACCAUGUUUGAAGCAAGACUUUUGAAAAGCGGCCAGCUCAAAAAGAUUUUAGAAGCCAUUAAGGAACUUUUAAAAGAAGCAACAUUUGAUUGUUCCGAUUCUGGGAUUCAACUUCAGGCCAUGGAUGACGCUCAUGUUAGCUUAGUAUCCAUGUAUUUAAAAAGUACUGGUUUUGAUAAGUUUCGCUGCGAUCGGAACUUGUCAAUGGGUAUUAAUCUAGAAAGCAUGGUGAAAAUUAUGAAAUGCUGCUCUAAUGAUGACAUUAUGACUAUUAAAGCACAAGAUAAUGCAGAUACUCUCACUAUUAUGUUUGAGACAUCAAACCAGGAGAAAAUGUCGGACUAUGAAAUGAAACUCAUGAAUUUAGAUCAAGAACAUCUUGGUAUACCUGAAACAAAUUAUUCUUGCGUAAUUAAGAUGCCUUCAACCGAAUUUGCAAGAAUUUGUAGAGAUUUGAGUCAGUUUGGAGAAUCUGUUAUUAUUGCUUGUACCAAAGAUGGUGUUAAAUUUUCUACAUCGGGUGACAUAGGAUCAGCUAAUGUCAAACUUUCUCAAAGCGCUUCAAUUGAUAAAGAAGAAGAAGGAGUUUCCAUUGAAAUGCAACAAGCUGUAUGUUUAACAUUUGCUUGUCGUUACCUGAAUUUGUUUUGUAAAGCAGCUCCUUUAUCUCCACAAGUUAUUUUAUCGAUGUCUGGUGAUGUUCCAUUAGUAGUAGAAUACCAAAUUGAAGAUUUGGGUUUUAUCCGGUAUUAUUUAGCUCCUAAAAUUGAAGAAGAUGAUUAAUUUUAGUUAUUUAUCUUAAAUAGAUCAUAAGGACAAACUUUUUUUUUAGUAUUUUAACAAAAUUCUUAUUUGUAUACAUGAAAACAAUCAGUUUUAAUAUUAAUAUUUUCAUUUAUUUCUAUUAAAUAUUUACAACAUUAUAAGAUCAUAAAAAAUAAAGUACUGAAAGUAAUAUAAUGUAUAGUAAUUAAUAAUUAUUAUUGAAUUACUGAGCAUAUAAUAAAAGUACAUUUUUAAUA